CCCAAGCCGCACACUUCACAGGACGCAGAGAUGAACGCUAAGCUGGUGCUUCUGCUCAUCGCCGCCGUUGUGGCUCUCGCCUCUGCCGGCUACCGUGGGUACUCUGGCAGUUACGGUGGCCGCUCUGGUGGAUACGGCGGCUACGGCCGCCAAUACGGUGGCUACGGCGGAGGAUACGGUGGCUACGGUGGCGGAUACGGUGGCUACGGCGGUGGAUACGGUGGCGGCUAUGGUGGUUACAGCCGCGGCUAUGGUGGUUACAGCGGAGGCUAUAAUGGUUACAACCGCGGCUACGGCCACUGAAGACGGUGUCUGGGCGACUACGUCAGAUCGUUCUAAUCACGCAGCAAGGCAUACGGAUAUGCUUUUAGGAGCUACCGAUCCACCUAUUACUCCAACAGAAAGUGGCACAGUGAGCACCACCCCAGUCACGUUCAGACCCCUGUCUGAAUAGAGGUUUUUGCGUGAUGUGUUUUCUAUUUGUCCGUUGAUG